AUGAACCAGUCCCGAUGGAUUGAAUGGAGGACUCUGAAUAUGAGCAGUAGUGUUAUGAACAUGUCUGAGCAUCUCUCCUGCCCUCUUGGAUUUGGUCACUACAAUGCAGUUGACAUCUGUAUCCUUGAGACAGUUGUUAUUGUCUUGCUAACAUUUUUAAUUAUUGCGGGUAACUUAACUGUGAUAUUUGUUUUUCACUGUGCUCCACUUUUGCAUCAUUAUACCACCAGCUAUUUUAUUCAGACCAUGGCCUAUGCUGAUCUCUUUGUUGGAGUUAGCUGCUUGGUUCCUACUUUGUCACUGCUCCACUACUCAACAGGUGUCCAAGAGUCCUUGACUUGUCAAGUUUUUGGAUAUAUCAUCUCUGUGCUAAAAAGCGUAUCUAUGGCAUGUCUUGCUUGCAUCAGUGUGGAUCGCUAUCUUGCUAUAACAAAGCCUCUCUCCUAUAAUCAACUGGUCACACCUUGUCGCUUGAGAAUCUGCAUCGUUUUGAUCUGGAUAUACUCUUGUCUGAUCUUCUUGCCUUCCUUUUUUGGUUGGGGAAAACCUGGUUACCAUGGAGAUAUUUUUGAAUGGUGUGCUACCUCCUGGCUAACUAAUGCCUAUUUUACUGGCUUUAUUGUGUGCUUACUAUAUGCUCCUGCUGCCUUUGUCAUAUGUUUCACAUAUUUCCACAUCUUUAAAAUUUGCCGGCAGCACACCAAAGAGAUAAAUGAUCGGAGAGCUCGAUUUCCCAGCCAUGAAGUGGAUGCUGCUGGGGAGACUGGGCACAGCCCCGAUCGCCGCUAUGCCAUGGUUUUGUUUCGGAUAACUAGUGUGUUCUACGUACUGUGGCUCCCUUAUAUCCUAUACUUUCUGCUGGAGAGCUCUAGGGUGUUGGAAAACCCAGCACUUUCCUUCUUAACAACAUGGCUUGCUAUAAGCAAUAGUUUCUGCAACUGUGUGAUAUAUAGCCUCUCCAACAGCGUUUUCAGGCUGGGACUGCGGAGACUAUCAGAGACAAUAUGUUCAUCUUGUAUGUGUUUAAAAGACAGGGAUGUACGGGACCCUAAACCAAGAAAACGGGCUAAUUCCUGCUCCAUUUAA